ACUCCAUCUCAGUUGAGCAACUGUAGUAUGUCAGUGUCAGAUGUGAUAGUUAACAGUUAACUCGUCAUCAUGGAAGACAUGGACCCUCUCGGUAUUUUUGUUGUAACAUCGGGAACACGAGGGGACCGUCUGUUAUUCCGUUACCCGUACGAAUCCGAAGACAACCGGUACACGGUAUCAAGAGUGUAUGGUCGUAAUCCAUAUGCUACACGAUCCAAGGUUGCUGAGGAUCAUCAUCGUAGCAAGAGUACUGUGAUCCCAUCAGGCAAGAAUGCCAACUUGAACUGGUUUUCAGACAAGAUUCUGGCAAAUUUGUUAGCUGUGAAAUCUUCACUCUGUAAGAAGAAGUUCAAUGUGAAGAUUGAUGAAAUUCGCUUCAUCGGUUUCCCUAUGAAGAUGUACCAUGUGGACAGCAAGCCAUCGUCAGCUGGUCACAUGAUCAUCACCGUCAAUGUUGUGUUUGCACUUAAGGCCAAGACUUGUACAUCCGCUGUUGAAAGUUACCACGACUUAGCCAAGCAGCUGUCUGUGACUGUCUGUCAUGAGGAGAGACGAUGUCAGUAUCUAUCAACACAAGCCAAGAUCAUGAUGGCUGUUCAUGAUGAGGUGGCUGCUUUGCCUGAAGAUUCGCUAGAGCCUCCCUUCAAGCUGAUACUGCAGAGAUCCCAGCUGGCCCGAGAACUCAAGUCCGUCUUUGACAGCCUGGUGUCUACUGGAGUGGUCCAGAUGCACAUCAACCGCUGGAUACAGAUUAACUUCUGUCUGCCACACAAAAUCCAUGUCAUUACUGUCGCAAACAAAGUGAUGCACAUUGAGCCUGAAGUCAUACAGAAGUGCCUAUCUUCACUAAGGCCGUAUCAUGGAUUUCUGCUGUUGGUUGAGGAGCAGGAGCUGCUGGACUCGCUCCCCAUGGACUGUACCCCCACGCUGGUCCGACUCGUCCAGAUCGCCAGUCCUUUGAAGAAUCUGCAGACAUUAGCUCUAGACGCUGACCUCAGUCUUUCACAGGUAUUUCAACUGGCGAGUCACCUUGUGUACUGGGCAAAGGCCACAAUCAUCUAUCCACUGUGUGAGACCAACAUGUACGUCCUGUCUCCCCAGGCCAACACCCAUGUCAACUCAACUCUAGCAGAGGUGUUUGUGGAGCAGUUUCCCAACUGUUCUCUCCACAUGGAGAUGUCUGAGUUCUCCCUUCCCACCCAGCUCAGGGUCAACCGGGACUUCCUGGAAAGACCCCACCAUCAGGCCAUAAGAGUGCAGAAGGUUGUGUGGAUGCUACGUCAUCGCCUGCUGAUGCAGCUGCACAUGUACAUAUUCCUCGUUCCUCCCGUACCGCGGACGGAGUGGACACAGGACAUCAACCUUCAAUCUGUCAGCGAGCUGCCCAAGGUAGAGGAGGAAUCAUGGCUGUCAUAUUUCCUGGAGGAUUCUGGUCUCAACCGCCCUCCCAGCCCGUCUGACAUUGCUUCAGUUAACAGUGAUGAGAGUAUUGGACCAGCUACUGGGGCCCAGCAACUGAGUCAGUUAUCCAAGUCUCCAUCUGUGGGAGAGAUGACAAGUGAUGGGACGGUCAUCACCGAGGAGACCAAGGCUCAGUGGAGACUGCAGGACUCACUCCUCUCGGUUGUCAGACCGGAGGUGAAAGCAGCCAUCUUGAAAUGUCCCGCCGCCAAAAACACUGAAGAUCUUAAAGUUUUUGCAAGAUUAUGUCCAUACUUUAAAGGCCAAUACCACCUGGAGGAAAUCAUGUACUUUGAGAACCUGAGACGAUCCCAGCUCAUAACGCUUCUGGACAAGUUUAAAGAGGUGCUCAUACUGUGUAGUCACCAGGACCCAGCCACUGCCUUCUAUGCUGGGUGAUUCAGAUGGGGCUGUUCAUGGUAAAGAAGACCACUUACCUUGCCAGGGUUACAACAAGUCCCCUGCAACAUAUGCUUGUCCUUGAGGUGACUGUGAGCUCAGUGAGUGUUCUGAAUGAACACAGUUGAUUGUGUAUCACUAUACCCAGACUGACUGUUCUGGACUGGAUUAUCUAUGGCAGUUGUGAUAUGGCUUGAAUUUUUCUUAACAUGCUGAAUGCGUGAUUAUGGAGACUACAACCACUACACCAUAUUGCAUUGUCACAAGAAGUCACUGACUGCAUGGAUCUCAGACUGUUGAAACAUGACAUCAUUCCAGGAACUAUUAUUGCCCAUCCAGACAUUGAGCUCAACUACCCAGUGUAUGGCACCUGAUCGUCAGUUGAAGACCGGAAUGUUGUGUAAUGACUGCAAUGCGUCCAGGUCCUGUGAUGUUGACAUCAGAUAUCCUUCACUUACUUUUAACCAGUGCCCUGAAUGCACAAUGCCAAUUACCAGUGCCCUGAAUGCACAAUGCCAGUUACCAGUGCCCUGUUCUUAUGACUGUUGGAUGUCCAACCUAACACAGAGAAGAACUACCCAAUACAUGUAUAUGGCAUCAUAGGGACACAUAUAUUGUUGCUCCAAAUCAGACUCUUGAAACAUUUCCUAAAUCCAGGGGGUGGCCUAGUGGUUAAAGCGUUUGCUUGUCACGCCAAAGGCCUGGGUUCGAUUCCCCACAUGGGUACAAUGUGUGACGGCCAUUUCGUGUGCCUCGCCAUGAUGUUGCUGGAAUAUUGCUGAAAGCGGCGUAAAACUAUAUUCACUCACUCCUAAAUCUAGGUAUCCAAACAAAGCUUUAAAACAACUCUAGUGAAUGUUGAGAACAGUUAUGUGCAGUGACUCCAUAUCUCAAACUGUUGAACUGUGUCUCCUCAAAAGCUUCCCACAAACACCUCACAAAUGUGCCAUCCUGACUUGUGAACAUACUUACCUUAAGUCUGUGGUACAAGCAGCAUUAUUGAAUACUAUUUAACAUAUUAUUGACUGGACUCAUUUUUGUCCCUUACCAUUAUGUGAAAUAGAUCGGGACACUUUAAUCUUUGAAACAUGUUUACCAAACUACACAGAUACACAGGCUGACGGCUAUUGUGAACUUGAUGGUUAAUCCUCUUUCGGGUCAUCAUGUUCAUAUUGGCAUUGUCUUUUUCAGUGUGAUAAGGUCUCAGAAAUGGUAAACCAUUGGAAACAGUCAUUUAUGACAUGGGGCUCAGAGACCAUACUACAUGCUGCCCCUAUAGGUAAUAACUCAUUUGAGUUUUAAAAAAACUGAUAAUAAUAAAAAAGAAAUCAAUGACAGCUCCGCACCACCAAACACUGCGAUGAGCGAUGACCUCACUAAACACUGUCAUAUGUGAUGACCUUCCCCAAACAUUCAUCUGCAAUGACAGCUCUGCACCACCAAAUACUGUGAUGAGCGAUGACCUCACUAAACACUGUCAUAUGUGAUGACCUUCCCCAAACAUUCAUCUGCAAUGACAGCUCCCCAUCGCCAAACAGUGUGACAAGCAAUGAGCUCACAAAACACAUUCAUGCACGAUGACCCUCACUUGUAUUCCUCAGUCUGACAACACAUGAGGAUGCAGGGUUAGAAUUAAUCCCUAAAAAUCUAUCCUGGUCACAAGAGGGAAUUUCAAUAAUCAGGUGGCGAGGCAUGGUGAGUUCUUCAAUCAUGGUUCAUUGUACCCUGAUGUAGUGGUCCAGACUUAAUUAUAUCCAGGCCAGUAUUGUAAAGCUGUAAUUGUUUCUGGAUGCAUCAUUAAACAACAAACAAGCAGUCAAAAUGUCAUUCUUAGGAUCAUCCUUUGUAAGCAUAGUGCCCACUUCACACAUGCAUCCCUGUGCAUUCUCAGCUUUUCUACCAAGUGUAGCAUCAGUUAAUUCCCUGUUUUACAUAGUAACAGCUCUUUCUGUAUUCUCUCUUACAG